CUUCCGCGACCUUGACUCCCAACAUCCGAUGAUCGUUUCGAUGCCUCAAACAGCUCUCGAAGACAUCCUGCGUACCAAGUUCGAAUCUCUCGGCGGCUACAUACACCUUGAUUGCCAAUAUCUCGGGUGCUCACAAAGCGGCAACUCCGUCAAUGUCACCGUACAACAUCGUGGAGAGCGCGUCACAAUUGCCGCAACCUACCUCGUCGGUGCAGACGGCCACCACUCCACAGUCCGCACCUCUCUCUCGAUCCCCUUCGACGGUGAUGUGUAUCCUUAUUCGUUCAUCGUGGCCGAAGUCACAGUCGUCGAAUGGCCGUUCGGGCUUAAUGCCGCUCAGAUAUAUACUUCCCUUGACGGUCUCCUCAUUUGCAUGCCAGAGCCCGGCAAGCACCGCUUCCGUCUCAUCGCCAACGUGCGUGAUGCACCACAAUUGCCGUCCUUGGAGCUGUGGCGAUGUAUCAUCGCGAGGCGCGCUCCUGGCCAUGCAUGCUUUGAAAUCGCGAAUAUGCAUUGUAGCAAUCGGUUUCGCAUCCACCAUCGCAUCGCUAGGCGAUACAGAGCUGGUCGCAUAUUCUUGGCCGGUGAUGCGGCGCAUGUACAAAGCCCGGCGACGGGUCAGGGGAUGAAUUUAGGCAUUCAGGAUGCAACCAUACUGGCGCGAAUCAUCGGCGAUGCAAUAUACCAUGGGCGCAAUUCGGAGCAUGAUCUGGAUGAGUACCAAAGAAUCUGUCAGCCAAGAGCGCAGAAGGUUUUUGGUCUGACGCAUCGUAUCACGUUGGGGAUGACGUUGACAAAUCCUGUGCUAUGUUGGGUGCGUAAUAUGGUCAUGAUGGCCACCAAUUCGCUGCCCAUGGUCCGGAGGAAGAUCACGAGAGUGAUCUCGCAGCUAGAUCUCUAGAGCGAGUCUGAAAUACACAUACGAUGAUACCUUAGCACUUAAUACAACUGGUCUCAUG